AUGAACGAUCCAACACAGAUAGAGCUGAAAAAUCCACCCAAAGAUGGCAUCUCAAAUGUAUGCUUUCAUCCCACAGAUCCCGAUUGUUUACUGGUGUCCUCUUGGGACAAGACUUUGCGAUUAUACAAUGUGGAAAAGAACGAACUAUUACAGCUAUUCAACACAGAUUCAGCGAUUCUAGAUUGCUGCUUUGGGGACGACAAUGUUGUUUAUUUUGGUGGUCUGGAUCGAAAGGUGAAAAUGAUCAAUUUAGACACAAAUGAGGAAUCAGUUAUCGGCAAGCAUGAUGCACCUAUCAGCUGCAUUUGCUAUGGAUCUGCCACGAAGAGAGUAUACACUGGAUCUUGGGACACAACAUUGCGUGUAUGGGAUGCACAGACUAGCACCGAGGAGCACACAUUGCACUUGAAUUGCAAAGUAUUCAGCAUGGAUUUACGGGACGAGAAGUUGGCAGUGGCAAUGAGCGAUCGCAAAACACACAUUUACGACAUUAAAAACAUGAGCUCUCCUUGGCAAGAAAGAGAAACAACUCUCAAGUAUAUGUUGAAGUGUAUUAGACUGAUGCCUAAUGGCCAAGGUUAUGCCUGCUCUGCUAUUGAGGGCCGUGUUGCAUUUGAGUAUUUCGACAUGUCUCCUGAAGUGCAAGCUAAAAGAUACGCAUUCAAAUCCCACCGUCUCACCAUCAAUGACACCGAAGUCGUAUAUCCAGUGAAUUCGCUCUCGUUUCACCCAAAACUUGGUACAUUUGCAUCUGGUGGUUCUGAUUGCGUUGUCAAUAUUUGGGAUGGUGCCAACAGAAAGCGUGUCAAGCAUAUGACUGGAUAUCCUGAUGAGAUUGCUAGUUUAUCCUUUAACCAUGAUGGAUCUAAACUGGCUAUUGCUAGCAGCUAUACAUUUGACGAAGGAGAACGAGACCAUGCACCAGAUACUAUCUUUAUCAAGGAUAUCUCUGACUCAGAUGUCGCGCCACGCAUUGUUGCCUAG